GAGGGCGGGGAGGCCGGCGGCGGUCGCGGUGGCCGACGAGCUGGUCGCGGGGCUGCGCUGGGAAGGGCGGUCGCGCGCCGCUCCCGGACGCCCUGCGCCGGCCAGCUGUCCGGGGAUUCCCGGCGGGCGACGCCGGUCGGGGUGGCGCGACUCCAGGACUGUGCCCACGGGGGCUCAGCCGCCCGGGGCAUCGUUUUCUGCAGUCUUCACGCGCUUUCACUUUAGGGCUCCCCGAGUCAGCAGUGGACUCCGCCCUGGGCCACAGAAUCACGCUUUCCCUUCGCACCUUCACGGUGCAGAUGCCCGGUGCGCGAGGUGGAAGUGACUUGUCCAAGGUCACGCAGUGUAAUGUUCAGGCUCAGAAAUGCCUUAUGUGGAUCGUCAGAAUCGCAUUUGUGGUUUUCUGGACAUUGAGGAAAAUGAAAACAGUGGGAAAUUUCUUCGAAGGUACUUCAUACUGGAUACCAGAGAAGAUAGUUUUGUGUGGUACAUGGAUAAUCCACAGAACUUACCUUCUGGAUCAUCACGUGUGGGAGCCAUUAAACUUACCUACAUUUCAAAGGUUAGCGAUGCAACCAAGCUAAGGCCAAAGGCUGAGUUCUGCUUUGUUAUGAAUGCAGGGAUGAGGAAGUAUUUCCUACAAGCUAAUGAUCAGCAGGACCUAGUAGAAUGGGUAAAUGUGUUGAACAAAGCUAUAAAAAUCACAGUACCAAAGCAGUCAGACUCACAGCCUCAUUCAGAUAACCUAAGUCGCCAGAGUGAAUGUGGGAAGAAGCAAGUGUCUUACAGAACGGACAUCGUUGGGGGCGUGCCCAUCAUUACCCCAACUCAGAAAGAAGAAGUAAAUGAAUGUGGUGAAAGUAUUGACAGAAAUCAUUUGAAACGGUCACAAAGCCAUCUUCCCUACUUUACCCCUAAGCCACCUCCAGACAGCGCAGUCAUCAAGGCUGGGUAUUGUGUAAAGCAGGGAGCCGUGAUGAAAAACUGGAAGAGAAGGUAUUUUCAAUUGGAUGAAAACACGAUAGGCUACUUCAAAUCUGAACUGGAAAAGGAACCUCUUCGUGUAAUACCGCUUAAAGAGGUUCAUAAAGUCCAGGAAUGUAAGCAGAGUGACAUAAUGAUGAGAGACAAUCUCUUUGAAAUUGUAACAUCGUCUCGAACUUUCUAUGUGCAGGCUGAUAGCCCUGAAGAGAUGCACAGUUGGAUUAAAGCAGUGUCUGGGGCCAUUGUAGCACAGCGGGGGCCUGGCCGAACAGCAUCUUCUGAGCGCCCCAGCUGUCCCCCAGAGCCCAGGCCCGCUUUCCGCCCUGCCGCCGCCGCCACCGCCGCACUCGGCGCGGCCUCUCGCAGCAACUCUGUGGUCUCCAGCGUUACCGUGGAGAAGCGAGGAUUUCACGAAUCUCUUGCCAAGGUCAAGCCAGGGAACGUCAAGGUCCAGACUGUCUCUCCAGGAGAACCAGCUCCCAAAGUGACUGAAUGCGCGCUGCCAAAACCUCAAAGUAAAACUGGCCCUCAGGGUGACGACCGUGACCUGGUGGACCUGGAUGAUGCAAGCCUUCCGGUCAGCGACGUGUAGGACAGAAGCUCGCGGGCCCCCUGCCCCCCCCGCCCCCCCCCCCGUCUCCCCAGCCCCUGUUUCCUCUCACGAGGCUUCUAGCCAAAGAUGAUAAAGGGUGAAACGGUUUUUAACACACACAUUAUACUGCCUCUUAGAUGUACUCUUUACAGGCUGGUAAACCAAGGAUCCAGGGAGUGGCCAAACAGGACGCGAUUUCUUUAAAACAAAACACAGCAGGCGAAGGAAAAGAAAAAACCCGAGUGUUUCAGUAUCAACCGUCUGAAGCUUUGUGUGCUGUCUUUUGGGUGAUAAAAAUGUGUGCGUGAUACUUUUUCCCUAGUGAAUUUGACAAUUUAAAUGUUUCACAACCUAAAACAUUAAAAAUGCGUAUUAUUUUGGUUGUUUUUAAAAUGCUACUUUGACUUCCUGUUAGAUGCUCGAUAUUUCCACAUUCUUACUGGUUAGUAUUACUGAACGAAAUCUUGUCAGACUAAGAUAACUAAAAUCACGAUGUCUGUGGUGCUGUACACUUUAUACUUCGACGUGGACAGUUGAGAAACGAUCACCACUUUUGAUGCUCUGGUUGUCAAGGUGAGUAGCAGGUUUUGCGCAGAGAUUGUCACUGGCCCCAUCAGUGAGGGCUGGAGGUUUCCCGGAGGUAGGAACUAGGAUUCAGACAGCUGUAGCUUGGACACGUGUUGGAAAAAGCUUAGGACUUAAGCAGUCGUUGCUUUAUUAAGUGGUGAAGAUGACUUGGUCUGAAAUUUCUAAGAGAUCUGACUUUCCUAUCGAGGUUUUAUAAAUAGUUCUUCUUUCUAUAUUUGGAUCAGUGAAAGACUGUGAGUUUAUACGUAAAGACAUACUGCCCUUAGUCAUGCCUCUCCUUUUUGUCACUAAUUACAUUCAAGUGCCUGUGUUUUCUCAUCUUGCUUGAGAAGUUGUCAGAUUACUAUGCUCAAAAGUCCGAUGUGAUUGGUUUUAAACAUUGAGAUAAGAUUUAACUUUGAGUAGCAUAGUUUAAUGUGUUAAGUAAGAUAGCAUCUUAUGUUUGAGAUGCCAGAGUGCUUUUAUUCUACUACCUGUGCAAUAUACGUGUUUUAAAACACACAUUUGAGUGUACAUUAAUCACGGGGAUAUCAUCAGUGUAAGCACUGCUCUAAGAAAUCCUUAGUUUCAAGUGUCAAAUAAAAGACCAGUUUGAGGUAUCAUUUUUACGGUUGAUUCUUAAACAUUUGCUUUAAGAAAAUGGUCUUGAAUUUCACAUGCUGCUAUUUUUAUGAUAUUUUGCCAUCUUACUGUGCUGUUUUGUUUUGAAUUCAUACGUGUCACUGUUUCUCCUUUUCAUUUUCUAAAAUGACUCUUGUUUGAGACAGAGAGGGAGAGAUUUCCUACCACAGCAGUGGGGUCCAGAGUUUACUAUCUAUUACAUCGGAAUUAUCAUAGAAUCAGUUUAAAAAUCCAAAUGCGUAACGUGCACCACUCAACUUUUUUAUUCAUAAGCUAAUAUUUUGAAAAGUCAUCUUUUGAUUUUCCCCCCGUUUUGCAGCUAGAUUGGAAAAUGGUAGAAUGGAAAGGUUUUAAGUAGUUAUCACUUUUUCUGAUGAUACGUCCAUUACAGUGGCUCUUUUGAAAGUUCCUCUGUCAUGAACAUACCUAAGAUCUCUCGUGGACACAGUUUGCAAUAUUCAGGAGCCUAAUGCUUUUUUCUUUGGUACAGCUUCUACAUUGCAUGUUUGUUUUAGCAUAUUUUGGUAUUGGUAAUUUGAUAUAUUUCAUAGUAGCAAAAUAUUAGCUCUAUUUUGGGACUUUUUAUAGAACUACCCUCAUAUUCAGUAGCAUAGGAAAAUGUUCUUGUGAUUGUCAGGGUCUCCUAAUAUUUAUCUCAGUACUUUUAUAAUUCUAUGAAAAUUAUUUAAUUAUUUUAAGACAUACUUUUCUUGUAAAUAUGUCACAUCCAAGCUGUCAAAAAAUUACUUUGAAUACCUUAAUAUUUGCUGCAUUUUGUUUUCUGUAUAUAGAACAUGUCUUCUUUCAGAAUGGGAAUAUACAUGUGCUUCCCAGUGUUUACUUUUACGUCUGUUAUCUUACAAUGUCAAACUGGUUGAACACUGUAAUGAUUUGAAAAUAAACUUAAAAGUUCUAACUUA